GGACGAGGCUGGGCCCUGCCAGAAACGGACACUGUGAUUGGCUGUACGUAAGGCGCCAGAAAAUCCCGGUUUGGUUGCAUCCCUUCCUCAGGAAACUGGACAGGAUAGCCUAAAACCUUAUGAGUGGAGACUGUAGGUGUUCUCAGUGGACCUGUCUGCAACCUCAGGUGCUUUUUGCAGAGUUUGACUACUGGAUGCAGCGGCAACAUUGUUGCGCACCGCUGCUGAAGAGAGGAAGAAAGGUUAGUGUGUCUCGGUGCGAGCGGUGUAAGUGGCCGCGUAGCCCCUUGCUUAUUGUGCGCUGUAGUGUCACAGGCCCGUUUAGAACUGUUCUAGCCUCAGAGAAGCCAGCUUCAUCCCUGAGUGAUGGACGCCUUCGGCUUCGUGUGUGCUGUUCUCCUGUGCGCCACCGUGGUGCACGGCAAGCCAACGUUAAGAAAGGAAAGGGUCCUUCAUCCGGACCCAGAACUGAGCAGCAGGCCAGCCCAGGAAGACAAUAAAAGCUUCCAGUACGACCAUGAGGCCUUUCUUGGCAAAGAGGAGGCCAGAACGUUUGAUCAGCUCACCCCCGAGGAGAGCCAGGACAGGCUCGGUAAAAUAGUGGACCGGAUAGACAGCGACGCCGAUGGCUACAUCACCACAGCCGAACUCAAGGCUUGGAUAAAACGCGUACAGAAGCGUUACGUAUAUGAGAAUGUGGCAAAGGUGUGGACAGAUUAUGACCUGAACAAAGACAAUAAGAUUUCAUGGGAUGAGUACAAGCAAGCCACAUAUGGAUACUACCUCGCCAACCCAGAGGAGUUUGAGGAUGCAACAGACCAGUUCAGCUUCAAAAAGAUGCUUCCUCGCGAUGAGAGGAGGUUUAAAACGGCUGAUCUAAACGGGGACCUGGCGGCAGACAGAGAGGAGUUCACGUCCUUCCUCCACCCUGAGGAGUUUGAACACAUGAAGGAUAUUGUGGUUCUGGAAACCCUGGAGGACAUUGACAAGAACGGCGACGGACAUGUGGAUGAAGACGAGUAUAUUGCUGACAUGUUUGCUCACGAGGAAGGAGGUCCAGAGCCAGACUGGGUCAAGACUGAGAGAGAACAGUUCUCUGACUUCCGAGACUUGAACAAAGAUGGCAAGAUGGACCAGGACGAAAUCCGCCACUGGAUUAUGCCACAGGACUACGACCAUGCCCAGGCUGAGGCCAGACAUCUGGUGUAUGAGUCUGACCAGGACAAGGACCAGAUGCUGACCAAACAGGAGAUCCUUGAAAACUGGAACAUGUUUGUGGGAAGUCAAGCCACCAACUAUGGAGAGGACCUCACGAAGAACCAUGACGAGCUCUGAGCUCUCAAUGCUGCAUGUGUGAGGAGGGUUGUUGAACAUCUUUGUCUUCAAAGACAGACUCUUGCGCCUCCUGCCACCACCGCAGCCACCACUCCAUCCUUUCUGCUUAAAUAGCAGAACAGAUGUCAGUGUGUUGGAUUGUCAACCAACCCUGUAGAUACCAAACAAGAGGAGGGAUAAUGGUCGGUUCUACCACUAAAACUAAACUAAAACUAAGGGUUCGUCUCGGGUUUUAUAUCUGACAUUCAGGAGCAAAGCUAGACCCAGCGGCCCUACUUUCCACCUUUCAAUGGUGCCUUCCAGCCGCAUCGCCGGCUCAGCUGCCUCAGAGAUCUGUGUAGAUAGUCUUCCUAUCUGUCAAAGCUGAAUGCCGAACUUUACGUGGAUUGUCAGAUACAGGAACAGGUUUUAAUAGCAAUGUGAAACUACAAUGCAGAACAUUUAUUCUGUUUUUAUUUAUUUAUCGAGUAACUUCUGAAAUCUAGGUUUGAGAAGAAUACAGUGUUCACCUACAGAACUUACAAGUAAGACAUGUUUCUUUGUUUACAGUUUUCCUGGUCAAAUCAUUUUAAUGUUCUUUUUGUUUGGAUUAGUGCUUUAAGAACUGUUAAUUAAAUGAUGUUUAAUGGCAUGGUUUUUGCACGCA